AAAGUUCGUCGAUUGUGCCCUGAGGGCAUACUGUUUUUUGGGAUUUGUGGCCCCCCUGAUGGAUUCCCCGCAUUUUGGCACUAGGAUUUUCGAUAGAGGACACCAUUCUGCACCUCUCCACCAAAAUUCAGCGAAAUCGUAGGGGCCGUCGAUCCCUGCUGAAUCCCUGCUGAACCCCUGCUGAAUCCCUGCUAACUUCCGUUACAUAACAUUUUGAUUUGUGAUAGCGAUUCGUUUUGGAUUCGUUUGCGUGCACGUGUUUUCUGUGGAGCUAUAACCAUGUCAUUUAAGAAUUUGAAGCUAUCUGAUUGGGCUCUAAAUCAGCUCAACACUCUUGGGCUGAAAACUCCCACAGAUGUGCAGCUGAAAACAAUACCAAAAAUAUUGGAGGGAUAUGACUGCAUUGCCUGUGCCAAGACUGGAUCGGGGAAAACCCUGGCAUUUGCCUUACCUAUCCUGGAAAAGCUCAGCCAGGACCCAUUUGGUAUUUUCGCGCUGGUGCUGACGCCGACGCGGGAGCUGGCGCUGCAGAUCGCCGACCAGUUUCGGCUGGUGGGACGGCCGAUCGGGCUGCAGGACGCCGUCGUGAUCGGCGGCCAGGACAUGGUGGAGCAGGGCACGCUGCUGCAGCAGCGGCCCCACGUCGUCAUCGCCACGCCCGGCAGGCUGGUGGACCACCUGACUGCCUGUAACACGUUCUCACUGAAGCGGGUCCGUUUCCUGGUACUGGACGAAGCGGACCGCCUGAUCGCCGGCCGCUUCGACGCCGACCUGGCCACCAUCAUGGCGGCGCUGCCGAAGCGCCGGCAGACGCUGCUCUUCAGCGCCACGUGCAACGACACGCUCCGCCAGCUGGAGAGCAUCGCUAAUAACGAGUGUUUUUACUACGAGAACAUGGGCGAGGUGGCCACCGUGGACCAGCUGCUGCAGGAGUAUGUGCUGUGCGCGCGCGACGUCAAGGACCCCACGCUGGUUCACCUGGUCCAUCAGUUUCUGGAGAACAAGACCGGACAGGUGAUCGUCUUCACCAACAAGUGCAGGGCGAGCACGGUGCUGUCGAUGACGCUGAACAGGAUGGGCGUGCCGGCGAUCGCGCUGCACUCUCAGAUCAAACAGCGCGAGCGGACCGCCUCGCUGGCCAAGUUCAAAUCGAACACGAUCCGGGUGCUGUUCACCACCGACGUCGGUAGCAGAGGACUGGACAUCCCGCUGGUCGAUAUGAUUAUCAACUACGACCUGCCGACCAUCCCCAAGGAGUACAUCCACCGCGUGGGCCGGACGGCGCGUGCCGGCCGACGCGGCCAGGCCGUCUCGCUGGUCACACCGACCGACCUGCACCUGAUGAAGGAGAUUGAGACCACCAUCGGGCGCGAGCUGCAGCAGCGUGAGGUGGACGACAAGGAGGUGUUGGCCAUUCUGACCGAGGUGCAGGUGACCAAGAGGGCGCAGGAGCUGAAGGUCACAGACAGCGAGAUCGUCGAGCGACGGCGCAUCAACAAGCUCAAGGACCUGAUCAUGGAAGGUAUGCGCCCGGAGGAGGCUGAGCGAGUGCUGGAGAACAAAGAGAAGGGCGCCGCCAAACGGAAACGAAACGAUGACGGUGCCGGAGAGGGAAAGCAGGCGAAAGGAAGUGGGAAGAAGGCAGGCAAAGUGAAAAGGGUGAAAAAGCAGGCGUGAUAGUGUUUGAUUUUGUGACUGUUUUCACUUGUUGGAUUGUGGGAAGUGUUAUGAGUGCGCUUAUGUCGCGAGUGCUGGUGGGCUCAUAUUCUCAUUGUCGUGGGUGUGUGUGUUCGUGGUGUCGAUAUAUCGUCACUGUCGAGGUCAGGUCGGGGCAUGAUAUCUCUUGAGAGAUUGGAGAUGCGGAUGGAGAUCCGAGACAUCGCUUUAUUCUGUUGAUAUGCUGAAGUAGGCCGAACAUAACGUUUGGGAACAUUUUUGGCCGCAAACAAACUAAAAUUACUAUAGAAUUAAAUUACAUUUCAUCACUGCUUACAUGCCGCAUAUAAAAUAUAUGUCAUCUUGUAUUUUCUUUAUUUCAUGCGACAAAAGUCAUCAUCCACGGAUCCAUGCGAGCGAUCUCAGGCGCUACUGUCAUGUCCUCUACACACACAAAUACUUGAAUAACUUAUUUGAUUUCGUGCAUUUCACUAAAGCUCAAUAAAAGUUUGAUUGUA